AUGCUCCGGUUUACAAGAGCCAAUUGGUACCGUUUUGGUUCGGCUAAGCGGCCAUUCACUCGAUUUUACGCUACUGAGCCCGAGAAGAACGAGCGGCUAGCGAAUCUAGGAUCGACAAUCCAGGUUCUCCAGGACAAUAUUCCGCUUUUGUUGACCAAGAACCUGCCCUACGAAAUCAUCCACCCGGACAUUUGCUUUUGCUUGUUCCCCGAAACUCACGGGAUUCAAGCCGCGGGCUUCAAAACAUACAACACCAUGGUCAAGUUGCUGCAGCUUGCGACCCGAUCUUUGCUACUCCCAAACCGGUCGCAAUUGAUGAUCCUAGCAAUGUAUAUGAACAAAGACGAUAAAGACCCGCAGCUGCAAGUGAAUUGGCGGUCGAUUUCACCCGAUAGAGCAACCCCGCAGCCAAUUGACCCGUUCUCCAACCCGUUGUCCAUUUUCCAACCCGGUCAGAUUAUCAAGUCGCUGGGCAUGAUGCCCGACGAAUAUCCUAUCAUUGCCGGCUCGUUUGAGUUCAGAUUCGACCGCGACUGUGACAAAAUCGUGUACCACUGUAUCAGAGAUGUCGAGUAUCUCCACAGACCAUCUGCCGAGCCGGUAAUCACAAAUUGA